AGACGAAAGCGAACCGCCUUCACGCACGCUCAAUUGCAAUUUCUCGAGAAGAAGUUCAAUUGUCAAAAAUAUUUGAGUGUGGCCGAAAGGGCAGACGUUGCUGACGGUUUGAACCUCACCGAAACUCAGAUCAAAACUUGGUACCAAAAUAGGAGGACAAAGUGGAAACGUCAGACAACAUCAUCCAUCAGA